UCCAGCCGGCAACGCACGCGAGCCGUGCCGGUGCGGGAGCCCGCAGCAAGCGUGAGUCACCACUGGACCUGUCAGUGAAGACAGUGCGUCAGUCGGCCGACUCCACUGCCAAGGAUGACCCCGACCUGGCAGCGGCUCUGCACGGUGCCAAGGUGCAGCUGCCACCCCUGCAGCUGCCCUCCAGUGUCGCAUACCCCACCAUUGACCCUCGUGGGCGACAAUCUGCUGCACAUAAGGUCGACUUUGUGCCCAACUUUGGCUCUGCUCAACACCCACACCACACUUACGACGCACAGCGUCUCCAGCAAAACCACCUCCAGAGCCGUAACAGUUCCCAGCAUCAACUGUACAGUGCACAGCAUCAACAACAGCAGCAGCAGCAGCAGCAGCAGCAGCAGCAACAACAACAACUUCAGCAGCAGCAGCAGCAGCAGCAGCAGCAGGGUAGUGGAACCCUUCCUCACAUGGGAAGCUUCAAGAAGGCCGCUGCUGCUUCUGUUCUCCAACAAGCCACUUCUGCUGCUCCAUCCUCAGCUUAUGACUUGAACAAACAGUCUCACUACUAUGGGGUGCAGGUCCCACAGCAAAGGGCAGUGCCAUAUUCUACACCUGUUUAUCCUGGCUAUGAUUCCUCUAAGAGGGCAGCUACUUCUGUUGAAUCCUAUAAUCGCACUGAGUAUGGGACUCAGGCAACGGGUGUGGCAUCCUAUGCACAGGCCAGAGAUCACUCUGCCACUACAGGCCAAAAACGUUCCUCAUGUUCAUCCGUGUCAGACACGCGGCAGCAUACGGUAGCUAAAGUUCCUCGCCUGGACUCUUGGAGGACUGCCAUCGAGCAGCAGAUAGAGCAGCGUAUCCAUUCCUACAAUGGCCCACGACAGCAGCAGCAACAACAGCAGCAAUCUCAGUCAGAGAUAAGUCUGCAACACCAGGUGCAGAUGAAUGGCAGGCACAACUAUCCUCACCACAACCAUGUUGUCCAGUCUCAACAGCAGCAUCAGCAGGCACAACAGCAGCAGCAAGUGCAGCAACAGCAGGUGCAGCAUCAACACCAUCAACAGAAUGUGCACCAGCAACCUGUCAUGCCAUAUGGCGGUAUUGGACCUAACUACCAGUACCAGACAGGCCACUCACUGCAGAAGCUUUUGGCUGGAUCACUGCCACAGGCACAGCACCAGCAAUCAUUGCAUCACCAUCAGCAGCAGCAGCAGCAGCAACAGCAACAGCAACAGCAGCAGGUGAGAGCUUCGGCUCCUAUGACAACUGCCCAGGGCAUAGUUGACAAGCACGUGAUAAGCAUAUUGCGCACCAGCCUGGAAGUGAAGGAAGCUCGUAUCAGUCAGCUGCAGAAUCAACUACAGCAGAAUAGUCGCCAGGCACAACAGCUGCCACCACCACCAUCACAGCAGCAGCAGCAGCAACAACAACAACAACAGCAGCAGCAACAGCAACAACAACAACAGCAGCAGCAGCAGCAGCAGCAGCAGCUCCGGCAACAACAGCAGACUCAGCCAUCUGCACAGAUGCAAGAACCUCCGGGUACCUACAAACUGCACCUCCCUAAGGCAGUCGAUUCGGUCUGUCUCGAUCACACUGCAACAGAGGUUGACCACACGGCUGCAAACCUCGCAAGGAUACGCACAAAGGCUGAACUGAAGCAGGUGGGUCAAAACUUGGAGCAGCAACUACAGUUCCGUUCACCAACACCAGGCAGUGCGACCAGCUCAGCAGGCCCUUCUCCUCGUGGCACUCCACAGCUGUUUUCACCUCCACCCCCACAGCAGGGCAGCCCACCGAAGUUAACACGUGAGCGUGUGCCGCCAGCUACCACACCCACUUCGGGUCCACCACGUCGACGGCUGUUCAGUCCUCAUGAUUCAUCUUCCUCAUCAGGUGGACAUAUGGGAGAAGACAAUCAUGGCACUUCUCUUGCGAGUGCCCGUAAUGAUCCAUCAGGCUUACGUUCCUCCUCGGAGACUUCUGUGUUUGAUUUCCGUGACAGCGACAGUGAUAGUGAGAUGCCCGUGCUUGAGAGGCAGACUCUGGACGAACUGCGCCGAGACCGUAAAUCGAUGGCCAAUAGUGCAAAAGCAGCAGGGCACCAUCCGUAUCAUCACCAACAUUAUACCCAACAGCAGCAGCAGCAGCAGCAGCAACAGCAGCAGCAGCAGCAACAACAACAACAACAUCAUCAUCAUCAUCAUCAUCAUCAACAACAACAACAAUUACAAAUACAGCAACAACAACAGCAACAGCAGCAACAACAACAGCAGUUGCUGCAGCAGCAAGAGCAGACAACAGAUGAAAAUACUGAUAAGGUUAGUGCUGAUAACACAGCAGCUGAAUCUGCUGAUCCAGAGUGGUCAAACACCUGUGAGCAGUUCCUCGAACAACUGCGUUCAGGAUCUGGGUCAGACCGUGUGAAACGGAAGGGUCCUUCCAAAUCUCGCAGAAGGUAUGCUAUUGGUCCACUGGCUGGCCUGGGCAAUAUUAUACGUGGUGGGAAGAAUGAAGCACCAUACUUCCAGAUUGACACCCAGCAACCACUUCAGGCAUAUACCGUGGAACCUGCAACAGCUGCUGUUACUGCUGCUGAAGCAGCAGAGGCUGAGGGGUGCGUUGAGCGUGUGUUGCAGGUUGAGAAUAUUCUGCAGAUACCGCCCGAGGAGCUCGAAAGGGUUGAGCAGUCUGAAGAUGCCGACGACAGGCCCGAUAAUGAUGAAGAGGGUAUAACUGUAGAUGUCGAAGGUGAAGACGACUCUGUCGCUCCACCACCGUCACUGCCCCCAGAAAGACCAACUCCUGUGGAAGAUCCCAUCAGAAGUGAAUAUAGGAUUGUCAAUGAUGGUGUGAUAAGGUUAGUCAAACUGGUAGAGAGGAAAGUACUACGUGAGGAAGGUAUAAACAUUCCCAGUGAUAAGGAAUCGAGUGGGAAGUCGGGUAGAGAUGGGUUUAGGAAAAGUGGGAAGGACAGAAAAUCGAUGAGAGAUGGUACUAGGAGAAAGGAUGAAAUGAAGAAAAUGAAGGAACCAAGGAAGGUGAAACAGCACUGGAAAGCUGUAAUGAAACAGACUUUGCAACAGCCAGAAGACCAGCAACAGGAAGAGCUCAGGAAUGACACAAACGAAACAAAGGUAGAGGUAGUAGAAGAGCAGUGUGCACAAGUAGGAAAUGAGGAAACUACAUCUGUGAAAAAGUGGCAGGAAGGCGACAAUAAAAUUUCAGGAAAAGAAGCAACAAAGAAGAGAACGAAAUCAGACAUUUUGAAGAUUUCAAAGGUGCCAAAAAGGAAGUCAAAGGAAGGUGAUGAUGAGGUAGAUGUUGAAAGAGAUCAGAGUAAAGAUGUUAAAAAGAGUUUAGAAGCACUCAGUAGAAGGAAAAGUAGAAGCGAAACAUGUGCACUGAAGGAAGAUGAUGAUGUCAAGCCAUUGAAAGAUAAGGAUAUAAGACCAGACACAGGAGAGACUGACAUGGUAGAACUUAAGACGGUGACAGCAGAGAAGGAUUCUAAAUUGGCAAAUGAGAAGACAGAAAAAUCUGAUGUUAAGGAGGAGAAGGUGAGGAAACUAAUAAAUGAGAAAGAAAGCUCACUGACUGGUUUGAAUAAUCGUGGUACUUUAGUAGUGAAACUUGAAAAGGAUUUAACAAUGAUAAAGGUGGAAAAAAGUACAGUGUCUGAACAUGAAGAAUGUGAUUCUGACGAAGAUGCACCAUUAGUUGCACGGCAGCGAGGUCGACCACGGAAAAGGCAACUACAGCAGCAGAAGGAUUUGUUGAGAUUCCACCAACGACCCCGAAGUGCUGGAGCUAUUGACGAGAAGGAUGGUGAGGACGAGAUCAGUCUGGCUGAGAUGAAAGCCCGCCUGGGGCUUGGUGGUCAGCGCGAUGCCUCUGUUGCGAGUGAGGCUGCCACCAGUGUAGGAGGUAGCAUUAGCCACAGCAGUAGCAGUGGCUCAGAGGAUGAGACGGCCAGUGAGCCGCCUAGGACACGCCUGCGAUCCAAAGAUCCCCCUGUUGCUCCAGCACCUCAGCAGCACCAGAAGAGACAAAAGAAACGCAAGAGGAGGAGGAAAGGCCUGCGAGGUGCUCAGAAACGACAGCGGCAGAAAUCAGCGACAGGCAGUGAGUUUCGACCUGGUUGGGAAGAAGAGGUGUACAGAUUUAAGCAGUCCCUGAGAAUGCCGCCAUCACUGAUCAAUAUCCCACGGCCACCACGUUCAGCCUCAUUGCCUGACCUUGACAAGCAACGUGCAAUGUCCCCUUACACUGCAGACAGUUGUUCAGACUUAGACUCACGCUCCAGUUGGAAUCCCCUCCCUUCCAGUGCUUUGUCGACAAAAUCCUCACCAGUUAAUGCGAGUGCAAACAAUAGUGCAUGCACUGAAUCAGUAGGUGUGUCUUCAGCAGUUACACCAACACCACCAUCUUCAUCAAGAGCUACUGGUUCUGGAAGCUCUAUCGCUGAUGUUUUGGCAGACCGUUACAAGCUACAGAGAAAGACAAGAAAGAGGGGCGCAGCACAGAAAGUUGGUCCCCGCCUCAUACCACGCCCUGCCAGCAGUGGCCCAGAGCUACUACCUUCGCCAACUGUUGUCCUUAUUCGGGAAAAGGACCUUUCGUGUUCUUCAUCGCCAUUACCUUCCACUACGUCUGCAUCUACAGUGUCCAAGUUUAGCAAAAAGCUCAAGAAAGGUUGUACAGGAGGCAAACAAGAAAUAAAGAGCAGUGAAGAAACCCUUGCCAACUGUGUGCUGCCCAAAGCAGCACCUACAGACUUCCAUCAGGCAUUCCGCCAAAAUGGUGGUAUUUUGGGUGACCGAUAUGCCACACUAGUGUUCAAAUCACGUACUCGCACCGAAUCACGUGUGAUGCGUCGACGUGCUGUCAUCCGGGAAGUGUUCGGUGUGGACGAGCAACGACCUGCUUCUGCGCCUCCAGUCCCUGGUGCUGGGCACAACCACGAACGGAGUGCUGCACUCAUCCGAAGUAAUAAGGCUGUACUCAACUCGAAGCGCCGUCUUGUCCAGGGCCGUGUGCGCAAUCAUGACUUACUGCGUGUACUGGCUGCCAACAAGGUUUCACAGACAGCAAGUGCUAGUAGUGAGCAUGACGAACAGGACAAAGACGCAGCUGAUGAAACAGCAAGUACCUCAGGCUCACAGAAGCGGCCAAAAAUUAGAACUGUACGCAGGAAAUUCCGUUCUGGGUUUGAUUAUAUUCGGAAGAAGAAGAAAAUUCAGAAGAGGGAAAAUACUGAGGCAGAAGCUCCAAAGGAUAGGAAAAAGGGCCCUAUUCCACGGCCAAGCUGGCAGUCUGUCCAGGAUAUAAUGAAUGAGAUAAAAAGCUGGGUAAUUAACAAAGGUUUGGGAGAGACAGUGCUGCAUCGAGCUUCCAAGUUGGGCUACACGGAUAUAGUAGCGUUUUGUUUGGAGAAAUCUGAUAAUUCUCCAUCUCCUGAAGACAAUGCUCGCUACACACCUCUUCAUGAAGCUUGUCAAAGAGGUCAUUUGGACAUUGCACGACUGUUGCUUAUGUAUGGUGCAGAUGUUAGUGCCAGUGCAUGGGGGGGCUACAGGCCACUUCAUGAAGCUGCAGAAAAUGGUCAUGUUGAAGUUGUUCGGCUGUUGUUGUCAUAUGGUGCUGAUCCUCUUUUGGCAACAUAUAAAGGGUUGACUCCUUUACGGCUAACUACCGAUGACCUCUGCAAACGAUUACUUUCUGAAUAUCUUGCUGAUGUUCAAGGAAUAUCUGCACCAACAUGGAACUUUCUAGGAGCUGCCCAAUGUACUGAUCCCCUACAUGCGGGCUAUGAUCCAUUGGAGGACGUGCCUACCUUCGACCCUUGUUCAGAGGAUGAAGCAGAGAUUGAAUUUGAAGUCAGUGAGCAGGUCCUACCUGCAUUGUACAGAUUGCACGGGGAACCUGCGUUGGAGCGCUGGGUUUUACUGCAAGAUCUGGCUGCUGUUCUGCGCAUAAAGUCGAGAGACACACUUCUUAGACAGUUGAGUCCUGAUCCUACAAAACCCUCACCUGCUCGUGCUUUGUUGCGUGAAUUCAAAAUGGCUGACUUCCUAGAACAAGCAAAGUGCUGUCAGCUGGUGGGAGGUGGUGAAAAAUUUAAUGUGAGGUCAUCAAAGGUGGCCCUAGUGAAGUACAAUGAUAGGGUGCGGCAGUUACUCGGUGUUGAGAAGGUGUUUAUUAGGUGACAUCAGGAGGAACCCGGUGAAUGUGACAUUUAAGUGUUCCUUUAGAACGAGAGUUGUGUAACUGGGAUAGCACUGUAUUUUUACCUUAAAGAAUUGAACUCUAAGUCUGCUUAAGGAAUCAAUGAAAUGUGCAAUUACUUUCAAAGAGGAUUGUUGUGAUGGUGAGCUUUAUAAUUUUGGUUUGACUGCAUUGCCCAGAAUGGUCAUGGUCUUUCGCACUUUCAUUUUUUGUAGUAUAUUUAUUCUAAGAACUUGUACAGGCCUAUUUAUUAUAAAGAUUAUGUCAGAGAAAUUGAAAAUUAUUUUAUAUCAAAUAGACGUAUAAAUUAUUUAUUAUAUUGUAAAGCAGUUUGAUUUUAUGUAAAGUGUACAUGACGUUCUAUGCUUUGGUGCUAUGAAAAAAAAAGAGUUAUAUAGUUUUGUGUGGAAAAAAGAAAACCUUAAAAAAUCUUCUAUAAAUGGUAACCUGGUCCUCUGUGAAAGUACCUUGGUGCAAUAGAAGUGAAUGUGACAUUAUGUUCACUGUUGUAAGGAAUUUAUAUUGUUUGUGUACUUAAAAUGAGUAUCAAAAGUUUUAAUUAAUGUGAAUGUUAUGAAAGCUUGUGUGAGUAGUUACAUAGAAUAAGUAUGUAAUGGUUGUUGUACAUGUUUCAGUAGCAUUUCUAUCGAAAAUUUAAUUGAUGUAAAUGUAAAAAGUAAUUUUAUGUGAAGUCAUCUCAGGGAACAUAAUAAUAAAUAUGGACGUUGUAAACAAUAAAAAGUCACGCUUAGAAUAGUAUUGUAUACAUUAUCAUCAUAGAAAAUGUUUAAAAAAGAGAAAUCUGAUCGAGUUUGUGAUUUUAAUCAUAUUUGUCUUUGUAAUUAUUUUAGGAAAGAGCCGUUUUAUGUGAGAUAAUAGCAUUCAUUUCAAAUGUGAAAAUGUGGUGACAUCUUCACAGUCCAUUUUCUAUGUGUAAAAUAUUUCAAUUAUUAUCAUUGGAAGAAUAGUGAGAUAGUGCUUAACAAGCAAAGUCAUUGGUGCAUUAUUUCAUAACAUAAAAUGUUUAAAUGUGUUUUAAGCCUUGAAACUAUUGCUGUUGUGUAUACUGUACUCUAGCAUUAAUUAAUUACUUCAAAAGAUACGAAGGAGUCAUCUGUGAUGAAGUUGAAGGGGGAGUGCAAUGCUUUUUUAUGUACAUCAUGAUGGUAUAUCUCCUUGUUAUUUUUUGUUCCAGAUUAGGAAUUACUGUGAUUGUGUGUUUGUCAGAAGCUUGUGAAGAUGGUAGUUUGUACUGUAGUGGGAAUUAUAUAACAUGUCAUUUUUCAUAGUAUUUUAUUAAAGGAAUGUAUUUUAUAUAUGGAUUUCUGUUACUUAUAGUAAACCAGAGAUGCUAAAGGUUACUGGAUCUGUUUCUAUCUCUCUGUGUAAAGAGAUUUCUUUUACAGAAUACAUUGUACGCUUAUCACUUUUCCUGGAAAUGAAGAGAGAUAAUACAAAACAGUGAUGUUCUGAUUAUAACAGUAUCCAAUUUCACUUUAGUAUCUAAAAUCCAUUAAGUGUCCAAAGAAUUUUGAAUAAAAGUUUUGCAGACUUGA